UGCAUAUAAGUGAAAAUUGGAAUGAGUAAUUUGAGUAGUAAUGUCAUUGAUGUACAGUGAAAAUAAAAGUGGCCCCAAGACUCAACCCUGUGAAUGACGUGUAACGUGCUGAUGUCAUCGUAUUUUUUGCAAUUACCAUAUAUUGUAUCGUUAUUACUGGAUGACCCUCUAGCUUUCUCACUCGUUUGUCUAUGCACACUAUAAAACAUGUGACCGUCUUGUGUUUACAAGACCAUUUACAAGUCCAUGCAUUACAGCUAGAAAACGACCUUUAGGGAUUGUCUGCACAUCGUAACAACUUUGGUAAAACCCCGCACAUGGCAAAUUGUAAAAGUAGCUGGACUGAUUGCACCAAGUCUACAGUGAGAUGUAAUUCCUUCUGAAGAAGUUAGUCUUUAACAUUAAUUCUGUGGGUGUUAAACGAAUUAUAUUGUUUAAAGCCUAGUGUCUCAAGUUAAGAUACCCCUGGAAUAUCAUGAAAACUUUAUAGUAAAUAGCACGUAUUUAUCUUUGGCUCACGUUAUGUUUUAAAAGUCACCGUUAUAUAAUAUUAGUUUUAGUUUAAUCUCCUGUUUCCUCGAUAUUUCAUGUAUACCUAUGCUACUUAUGAUAUGAUUUAGUAGUAGUCCUUUAUGUUGAUAAUGAACGUCGAAAAUCCGACGGGAUCAGCAAAGGCGAAGUAGUUUAUGUGUUAUUGUCAUAGAGUUAGUGCUAGUGAGUGGGAUUACCGUAAUCAUGCUAUGGGAAUGGCAAAAGCAUGUAAUAUGACUUUGUUCACAAGCAGAAUAUUAACGCUAAUAAUCUGUCCAGUCGACGUGCACAAUCAUGUUUUGCCGAGUCUGUUUGUAGCAGAAUUCCCUCAUAUACCCUUCCCCGGAUCACAUGCUGAUCACCAGAGCAUGUAACCAGAUGAGCACCAGAUGAUGCUAUGCGGGGUCAGAUAUUCUGUUCUCCCUGCACGAUCGUGUGGUGCUGAAUCUGAUUGUAGUAGAAUUCUCCGAGGCAGCCUUUUUAACUUCACCAGUUCGAACAAGAUGACCAUCAGAGCUGACGAUACUCGGGAUCAGAUAUUCUGUUCUCCGAGGCAGCCUUUUUAACUUCACCAGUUCAAACAAGAUGACCACCAUAGCUGAUUCUACUCGGGAUCAGAUAUUCCGUUCUCCUUGCACGAUCGUGUAAUGCGGAAUCUGAUUGUAGUAGAAUUUUCCGAGGCAGCCUUUUUAACUUCACCAGUUCAAACAAGAUGACCACCAGAGCUGACGAUACUCGGGAUCAGAUAUCAGUUCUCCUUGCACGAUCGUGUGGUGCUGAAUCUGAUUGUAGUAGAAUUCUCCGAGGCAGCCUUUUUAACUUCACCAGUUCGAACAAGAUGACCAUCAGAGCUGACGAUACUCGGGAUCAGAUAUUCUGUUCUCCGAGGCAGCCUUUUUAACUUCACCAGUUCAAACAAGAUGACCACCAUAGCUGAUUCUACUCGGGAUCAGAUAUUCCGUUCUCCUUGCACGAUCGUGUAAUGCGGAAUCUGAUUGUAGUAGAAUUUUCCGAGGCAGCCUUUUUAACUUCACCAGUUCAAACAAGAUGACCACCAGAGCUGACGAUACUCGGGAUCAGAUAUCAGUUCUCCUUGCACGAUCGUGUGGUGCGGAAUCAGAUUGUAGUAGAAUUUUCCGAGACAGCCUUUUUAACUUCACCAGUUCGAACAAGAUGACCAUCAGAGCUGACGAUACUCGGGAUCAGAUAUUCUGUUCUCCGAGGCAGCCUUCUUAACUUCACCAGUUCAAACAAGAUGACCACCAUAGCUGAUUCUACUCGGGAUCAGAUAUUCCGUUCUCCUUGCACGAUCGUGUAAUGCGGAAUCUGAUUGUAGUAGAAUUUUCCGAGGCAGCCUUUUUAACUUCACCAGUUCAAACAAGAUGACCACCAGAGCUGACGAUACUCGGGAUCAGAUAUCAGUUCUCCUUGCACGAUCGUGUGGUGCGGAAUCAGAUUGUAGUAGAAUUUUCCGAGACAGCCUUUUUAACUUCACCAGUUCAAACAAGAUGACCACCUUAGCUGAUUCUACUCGGGAUCAUAUAUCAGUUCUCCCUGCACGAUCAUAUUGUGUGGGAUUUGGUUGUAUCAGAAUUCACUGAGACACACAUAUACUCUUCACCAGGCCAGAGCUAUUGCUACGCGGAAGCGGAUAUUCUGUUCUUCCUGCACGGUCACGUGGUGCGGAAUUUGGUUGUAGAAGAAUUCACCGAAACGCCCAUAUCAUCUUCACCAGGCCAAAGAAGAUAACCACCAGAGCUGAUGAUUCGCGGAGUCAGAUUUUCUGUUUUACUGGCACCAUCGUUUGGUGCGGAUCUGUUAGCAGCCAUUCCUGGAGGUAACCAUAUCAACUUCACCAAGUCGAAGAAGAUGACAACCAGACCUGUAAGUGGGAUGCAUGGUCAGAUGAUAUUCCCUACUCCCAUCCCACGUGUAUUCACAUGGGUAUAUUCAAUUGAGUUUGUUGAUAGUAGCUGCGUACUUCCAAUAAUCCUUUUCAACUUUUAUGUACAUCGUAUUACUUGAAAGCCCAAAGGAUUCGUAAACAGACGUGUAAAGCCAAACAGGGUUAUGCUGCAGCGUUGCUUUCUCUCGUCGUGUCAGAACCCAUUCUCUUUUUAGAACUUCUCUUAGAUGCUUCUCCAAAGGUACUGCAAUCGUAAUGGUUUAGUACUACGUCAUAGUUUAAUACGUCUGUAAACCUCCCUGCUCAUGUCCACGGAGGCACGUGGGACCGCGCCUGACGCGUGGGAGCACCGAACACAGUCGGCCAACUCAAGAUGGCAGCCGUUGUCCAUCACGGUGCUGGUGGCAGUAGUUGGCAAGCAGCUCUCGUUAACAUACCCCUUCCUACCCACCCGCCCCCGCCACACAAGUUCUCUGUCUCUGUCUCUCUCGUGGCGUCUGUCUUCUCUAGAAUGCUACAUAUCAGUUUCACGGUGUCUCGUCUCCUUCUGUAUUCCGCGAUCUCCAAGGACGAGCCCGAGGACGCGCGGAACAGAGUGACGAAGCUGCCGUUCAACGGGUACUCGGACGAAUUCCUGGAUCGCUUGGAGCCCAAUGGCAACAUCCCGGCCGACAAGGAUCUCCGAUACGGUGAGUCGCUUGUUCUAGUCUUUUUGGUUGGGUGGGGAAACUGUAAUACCUCUGUAGGUUUUCUUCUCCAGCGGUCCAUAGUUACAGUUUAGUCUACAUCAACGUGAUUUGCAUAUGUGACAGUUUACAUGCUGGAAAACAUUGAAUGUCUUGCUACAGUGACAAAUCAUUCAUUAACCUAAAAUGAUAUAUGCUGAUUCCUUUAAACGUAGAAGCUGUUGGUCUUUUGUGUUCUGUGAGGAGAAUCCAUUCUUCAGAAUCUACUCUUGAGUUAUGACGUUAAACGAUGACGAUAUAUUAUCGACAGGACUCCACUGUUGCAAUGAAAUAUCUACCGGUCAAACGUUGCUCGAAUGUGUCAAUUUCCACAGGUUUUUUUUCGUGUCGCGUCAACCCUCGCGUCUUAUGUACCCCGAGUCAACUCCUCAUCUUGUAUACGUCAUAGAGCAAUGAUCCGCAUCACCUUGAGAUUUCUUACCUUUAAAUUUUAGAAUUGUGGGAUAUGUGUCCAGUUUGUAAUUGCAUUUAGAUUAUUAUACUGAAUCUGUUACUAUUGAAAACAUUGUAUGAAAAGGAUAAUGAACUGUUGGUUUUUUAGUUGCUAUGUUUAUAUGAAUCACAUUAACUAGAUCUGAAACUAUUAGUAUUGCCCUUAGCAUGACAUGUAUGAAAUUAUUGCUCACUUCAAUAGCCAACGGCAGUAGAAAUACUGUACCGCACGUAAAAGGACGUACAUUUAAUGUGUGACAUGCAACAGUUACAUUUUAAUGUGUUUCACUGUACGGGAGAAUACUAUUGGGCUAAAUGCACAUGACCAUAGCCUCGUAUUUUAUGGACCUUCUGACCACGGACCUUGUAUCGUAUGUACGUAAAUUAUAAAAUUGGCAACCGUGAAAUACAACUUCACUAUAUUCACUCACAAUGUUUAAUUAUAUGAUAACUUUCAUAUGGAAAAGGUGAAACUGGGAUAUCCAAAAGAUAUUAUUUCUGUCUUAAAGAAAAAAAAUACAAUGACAUGUAAAAAAUUGUUUAUUCUUUAACAAAAGUGUUAUCGAUUUAGAGUCAUUGAAUUUCACUAUCUCUCUUGGGUUUUGUUUUUGUUUUUUAGGAUGUUAGGAUGUUGGUCCCCUUUUAAGCCUUAUUCUGUCCAUCCUUAUCGGCCACUGGCCUAUGCGAGGAUCUUAUCAAACAGAAUAAGGGUAUCAGUCAAUACACUAUAAGGUAGAUGGUAAGGAUAAAAAUGCAACUGUUACAGACAGGAUUUGAUGCUGAGCUAUCUCUAACUUCAAUCCAGCGUCCGAACAUCAAGGUCAACAUUUAGACCGCUUGGUUAAUCCCAAGGGAGUUGCUGGAGACAACGUUCAUCAUUUUACACAAAGAAUGAGUGUGUCAUUAAUUUUAAAUAUUUUUAUUGAUUAGACCAAAACCUAUAUGACAAAAUCAAAUUUGAUCGUCCCUGAACAAUAACGUCUUUGCAGUUUUAGAAUUCCGGAUAUUAUGGGCCUUAAAGUUCAAGAAAGAAUGGCUUGGGGCUGUUUUUUUCUCUUUCUUAAAAAUGCUUAGACAUUGCACCUAGUCCUAAAACGACUGUUGCCCUUCUUCCGGAGUGACAGGAUAUUUUGGAUGGGUAAGGUUAGGGGUAGGUGCCGUCUCCUAGGAAGUAGGGGCCAGCUCUGAACCAGACUAUCUAGUCAAAACAGGCACGGGGUGGCACACCCUUAUGUCUAGGCUAGCAAGAACCUUUGACUCUUAGGGAACCCCACCGACUCCAACAGUCAUCUCCCGCAGUAGGCUAGACCUAUAACAGCCCUUGGACCCCAAAAUCUCAACAUUUGCUGUUAGUAAUGUGCCGCUCGUGGACAUCCAUAAGGUUUUGACACAUAGAAUUUUGCUGUGCCCAGUUUGGAUUCAAUUGGAAGGUAUAAACCAGCCAGAAGUGAACCCUCUUGGGAUAUGGGGCUGUGUUUGGUGUGAUCCAAGUCAGGAGGGUGGUGCACUUGUGGAGCAAUCACUUAGCCCUUGACGCAAUAAAUUUAGAAAUUUACACUGAGAAGAGAAUUUUUUAUAACAAUCACUUCUGCUAAAUACCAUAUAACAUGCUGUUUAAUGUGACCAUUUGGCGUCUGGAAUUUUCAUUUAGCAUUAUAACAUCAACAGCCAGAAACAACUUUGUGUUGUGUUCACACAUAUAGUGUAUUGCCGUGUUAUAUUCCAUGUAUCGGAUGACAACACAUUUGCCGUUAUAAUUGGACAAGGUUGUCACCGGUUAUUACCGGGUGGAGGCGUAACGUCAACAUGACCAAGGGUAAUGGCCGCGCGAGCUUUGGAGCUUUAACCAUCACUGUAAAUAUUAGGCCUACUGACGUUUCAUUCGACACAUUCUUCUAAUAACAGUUUUUAUUGCGUUUUUUAUCGUUUAAAAUUACAAUAGCUGUUGUAACUGUUGUUUGUUUUGUUUUAAUUUUGUAAUCGUGUUUUACAAGUAUAAUGAUAAAGUAAGGUAUAAAGUAGGUACGCGAUUAAAUUGUCACUAUUCUUGAUCCAUCCUUUUACUUAUGUUACUUUCUUUUUAUUCGUAGUUUCUACUGUUAGUAUGAAUAGGUGAAAUCUAUUUAUCUAAAAUCAUGUUAUAUCUAUUAAUGCAUCAGUUCCCAAAACGUAACAUAAAGAGGGUAUAAAAAUCUUGUUCAUAAAUUAUAAAAAUUAAUAAUAAAUAAUUAUAUUAUUGUUUUAUUUAUUCACUGUGUAGUCAGUUUUUAUUGAACUACAAUCCACAUUUAGAUUUUAUUUUUUAAGAGAUACCUAUUUAUUUUUAGGAUAAAAACUUUACGGAUAAGCCUAAUUUGUUUCGAUUUUUUGCAUGGUAAAAUCAGAUAACACACAUUCAGAAUUUCUUUGGCGAUAUAUGUACUUUUAAUAACUAAUUUGCGUUCCAAGUAUUCUGAGUGAAAAUAUUGUUGUAUCCUGAUAGGUGAUCAUUGAACAUAUGCAUGUUCAAGUUUGUUCAGUACCAAUUUUAUUAUUGUAUUCUGAGUGAAAAUAUUGUUGUUGUAUACUGAUAUGUGAUCAUUGAACAUAUAUACAUGUUCAAGUUUGUUCAGUACUAAUUUUAUUAUUGUAUUCUGAGUGAAAAUGUUGUAUACUUAUAGGUGAUCAUUGAACAUAUGCAUGUUCACGUUUGUUUACUACCAAUUUUAUUAUUGUACUCGACCCCACAAAUUUCUGGGUUUAAUUAAAUGAAGCUGUAUGAUAAAAUAACAAGUAAUUUGUGGCCCGUUUGUAUUUUGAGGGAGGAAUUAAUUCUGGUGCUACAGGAGAGAGAGUUGUCCAGACAUUAAAAGUCUUACUGCGAUACUGAUCUAACAAAGAUGAGUUUUGAGUUUUCCUUUUUAACGGAAGGAACUAAAGGGUAGGGUCUACCAUGAUGGAUUAUUUGCUACAGUGUCGCGUGCACGAUAAUCCAACAUGGGCAUGGCGUGUACAUAGUCUUGCACUUGUACAUGGGUUUGGGGAGGGGUGUGGGGAUAUUGCGAGUAUUGGCAGGCGUGUCGGUACCUGUAAUGCUUGUAGGCGUACGUACACUGUCCCGUGUAUGUUUGAUACAUGUAGGCGUUACCAAUGCUAUGCUUCUCUUUAAAGCCAGGAAGUCACUUCUUUCUUGCAUUUAGUAAUAUUUUGCAAUUUUCUUAAUUUUAUUGUUAAUUUUUCAAGUUACAGUUCUUAAUAGUCUUAAAUAUGAAUUUUUAACUAUUCUUAAAUAGUGCCCCCCCCCCUAUGGACGGUGAGAAUCAGAAUAUAAAAACUUAUCUCCCACAGAGCCCUGGAAAUGAUAGUUUUAAAAGAAUACUUGCAUGACAGCAAUCUAACUUGCUUAAAAUUUAGCAGUUAAUUGUUUCCUUUGAAUUUGCCUUAUUAGGAAUGUUUUCUUUAGAUUCAUCCGAAAAGUGUAGUGAUCUUCAGUCAGAUUCAUGCUCCCCCCAAUGCUCAGUCGUAGUUACGCCACUGGUACAAAGGAACAUAAACUUGCCUAGGGAUAUGGUAAACGGAGUAUUUUAUGGAUUAAUCUGUGUUAGGGGGAACUAGAUAAGAAUAAUAAGAGGGAAUAAAUUAAAAAUUAGUAAUUUUAUGUUUUAUUAAUAGAAAAGCUCAUAUACUACUUUCAUAUCACCAUUUCUCCUCACAGUGAAACGUUUCUGUCCUUUUGUUUUGAGCUUCUCCAUUUAUUCUGUCACUCCUUCUGACUGAUAUGACGUUUCCUCAUUUCUGAAAUGUCUUUUUUCCUCUUCCACACGCGGUCAAACGCUUGCCCUCUCUACCAGGAUCCUGUGGGGGCACCACACUGUGUCAUACACCACACCUAGCAGUUCCCCUUGCGCAACCCCUAGGUCCUCUCCUACACCAACAAAUGCAACGUAUAUCCCGCAGGCGCUUAGUGCCCUAUUCCUUUCCUGAGAAUCAAUCCUACUUGCUGUAUUUCGACUGUAAUCAAAUAAAUGUUGAUGAAACAUACGGAUUUACCUCGGCAAAACCACUUGGGAUUGCUCUGAAAUUUGCGCUUACGCAGAAGGCAAUGUGCUGAACGCAGCGUUCAGGUCGCGCCUAUAAACUCUUCCCACGCCUAUUAUGUAAAGAGAUGGAAUGUGGAAAGUCGAGAGACAGCAGGAGUAAAGGAAGGGUUUGCGGAAUGUUUACAUAGUUUAAAGGAACAUUAGGGGCAAAUGUUGGGUAAAUGUUUGUUGACACUCAUCCUGUCGCUUCUGCUCGUCCACAGUUUGUUGGGACAAAUGUCGUGUUGAGUCACUAGUUAACGUUCACAACAGUCAAUGCCGCUUCCUUGCAACACACUGGUCAUUAAUAAACCAAUUAUUAUUGUAUUUUUAUCUGUACAGUUUUCCUGUACAAGUCAAAUAAUUUUAUUGAGUUAUUAAUAAUUUUGCUCUUACUUAAGCUGCUCAAAGGGAGGAAAUAAACCAUUUGCGCAGAUGGAAUAUCCGAAUUUCUAGCUUUUAAAAUUGAAAUGAUUUACUAUUACUGGUAAUUGGAUGUUGUGCCACAGGCUGGGAACUGGCUGUUUACGAAAGAUAUAUUAUGUCUGUAUACGUUAAGUUACUUCUUUAUUUCUGUGCCGAGUACAAUACGAAUCUGUUGAAGAUAGAACUAGAUGUUUGUAAUACAGCGUGUAUCAAAAUGAAUGACCUGAU